GAUGCCGGAACUUGUACUGAAUGGUACUGGUCCUGGCCACUGGCACUGAAUGAAAUUGGCAAUUGUGUUGCAGUUCAGCAGAUUUCAGUAUGGUGUGAUGUUCUUCAAAUAUUUUGUCGCGUCUGGCGGUAUUAUAUACGUCAUUUAUCCAAAGGUGCGAGAUUAAAGAUUUGAAUAUAGAGGUUAUCAUUAAAGAAAGAUGAAAUGAGUUAGUCGACAUUCGAAUAUGGAAGUUCUUUGACAAAUAUUAACCUGCUACAGUAGCGUGUUGUUGUGUACAUCAUGGCGAAGAGCAAGCAUGAUGAAGUUUUAUUGGGAAUUCUUAAAGAAGAAACUCAUCUUUAUCCUUUCUUAGAUGUUAUUUUCGGAUUUCUAUAUCGAUGCACUGAUUUUUAUCAAAUUCAGCACCAUCCUGAAGAAAAAUUGGGCUUCCCCCCAGGAAUAGCCCAAAACAUUGUGACAAAGGUUUUUAAGAAAUGGGAAGCUGUUGCUGAACAAGAUAGAAAAUUCUGUGAAAGACAAAGGUUGUGUGGCACCUCUGAUGGAGCUCCUCCAGCUAUUCAAGAAGUUGAAAUAUCAGAUGUCACUGAUACUUCAAAUCCAGCUAUUGAGCCCAUGGAAGUAAUAACUGAAAAGCUAUCUUUGGAAGAGAUUCCUUCUGCCCCAAAAGAAAAGGAUGCACAAAAACAGUACCAAAGUUCAGAUACCAGCUAUAAUGGUGCAAUUCGAGAUGGAUACCAGUGGUCUCAGUCUAUAUCUGAUUUGGAUGUCCAGAUUCAUUUGGAAAAACAACAAGAAAGAUGGUGGGAUGCUCUUUUCAUUUCAGAACCCAAAAUAGACUUGCAGAAAAUUGAUGCAUCUCGCCCAAUGGAGGAUCUCUCCCAAGAAGAACAAAUGAAAAUACAGGAAUUAAUGUGGAAUCAGGAAAGAAAAAGAAAAGGAUUACCUACCUCAGAUAAUAUGGCUCUGGAAAAAAUGCUUAGAGAAGCAUGGGACAAAGAAGGGUCCCCUUUCAAAGGUCGACCUUAUAAUCCCAAUGAGAUCAACUUUGGAAAUAACACUAUUGGAAUUCCAGAGUGUGAAGGAAAUACUUGAGAAGAUAUUUGUCUGUAAUUAGUUAUCCAAAUUAUUGUUGCUUGUGAAACUUAUAAGUUAAAACACAGUUUCAGUCAAAGUGUUUACUUUUGAAGUUUUAUAAUAAGAGACAUAUUCCUGAGAGUGAUAUAUGAUUGUUUAAUUGGUACCUAAUGAUAUACAAGAAAAAAAAUUGAAAAAUCAUAGAAAGUUUUAUAAAAUUUGCAUUUUAGAAAGAUUUCUCUGAAGUCAAAAUCAUUGAAAGGAAUUGUUGUCCUCAGGAGUGAUGUUAUUCUUGCUCAACUUAGAAAGUAUAUCUAUUUUGCCCAUAUUUGUUUGGUAAUAUGUUAACAUAUAUAGUAAGGAAUGUUUUUUAUGUACCUGUGAUUUGAAAAUCUCAAUCGUAAAUGUAGAUUAUGGUAUCAUUGCGAAAUGAUACUGUAAAGAAGUUUUGGUUAUUGUAUGUUAUAUCAUUGCAUUUUUGUUAUUAUUUUGGAGUAAUAUUUAUUCUUUGUCACCAGAUUUUCCUCCUGCUCUAACAAUAAGAUUGUUUUAUAAAUGUGCAUUAAUGGUAUAUUUACUUUUCCAUGAUAUCCUUUUUCUUUUACAUACUUGUUACUAGAGCCCAGAAGUUCAGGCAUUUAUUAAUUUUGCUGAAAUAGGUGUGAAAAAAGACAUUUAUUAGGGCUGAAAUGGGAGUGCAAAAAUGCACAUAAACAAUGAAAAGUCACAGUUUAAAAGGAAUUAAUGUAAAAAAUUAAUAAUUAUUAUUAUUCAGUUUAUAUUCUAAUUAUAACAUUUAUAUCGGCACUUAUAUUAAAGGACACCAUCUUUCCUUCGUAAUCUUGAUUCCUCACGACCACCAGAUAUUUUAGCACAUGCUGGAUACUUGGUUGACGGGGUGGGCCAUGUCUCAGUCGAUCAAGCUGACUGACUGACAUUUUGCUCAUGCUGACUAAUAGAAAGAUUAUUUUU